CUAUAGACAACGAGCGUUUUUAAACAAAGCAACUUUUAUUGAAAUAGUCAUAUAAAUAAUGGAGCCUUUUUCUUGUCCCAAACACACUGAUUCAUAUUGCUUGCUUAAAACUGGAACAAAACCAGGCGCUUCCAAGGGUAUCAGUUUUUAUGUCUGUGGACAAUGCAGUUUUAAUAAAGUUACUGAGUUAGCCCCUAUCCAAUGUAAUGUACAUCCUACACAUGUGAUAGAUCUUCAGUCACUAGUCAAGACCAAGUCACCAGAGGUUCUUCGGUGCUACUACAGAUGUCAUGGAAGAAAAACUGGAGAUUCUUGGUGUGGUUAUUCCAAAUAUAGCCUGCAGAAUACCAAAAAGUGUGAUGAAAUAGAGCAUGAAACAAUGAAAAUACAAAAAGAAUGUGCAGCUGUUCCGUCCCAAAAAUCUGCCAGCACUGAUGCCAACAACAGUUCCCUGGACAUGUCAGUCAGCAAUGAAGUCUCUAAUGAAGAGCAGACGGCAGAAAAGAAUACUUCCUUCAUGGAAAUCAGUUUUGCUGACCUCAGCAAAUCUAGACCACCAACCUCCAGUGAUAUGAGCUUUGCCAGUAAAUCUUUUCAUCAGUACAGAGAUUCACCAGGCCCAGCUAAGGUCAAGCCAAACACGAUCAUCAUAUCAGAUUCAGAAAGUAGUGACGAUGAGGCUGUGAAUGAGGCUAGUUUUGAGCUGAAAAAGUUGACAGUCACUGAGAAAUCACAUUCAUCACAUGUUUCAAAGACCAGUUCAAAGCAGUCCAGCAAUUUGGUGGAACAAGCUCCACAAACCAGUUCUAAACAGUCAGGCAGUGUUCCGGCACAAGUUCCAAAGACCAAUUCUAGCCAGUCCAGCAAUGUUCUGGCACAAGUUCCACAGACCAGUUCUAAACAAUCAGACAAUGUUCCAGCAACAAGAGAUGAGAAACAAGGUGUGCAACAAAACCAAGUUAACCUCUCUAAUGUGAAGGUCCCUCAAUUAGGUCAAAGUUUACAGCAAAAUCUGCAGGAUGUGACAGGACCUGCUGUAGGUCAAAAUUUGACAAGUUUAAUGAACACAAGAGAACAACUCUCCACUGAGCUUAAAAAAAUACAAGCCAGUAUGAGGGGUGUGAACAUCUCCAGCCUACCAGAUAAGGGAGCUCGUAUUCUCACCAAGCUGGCAUCAACCCAGGAGGAAAUCAAGCAGAAUGAUAAGCAGAUUCAAGCCAUUCUAGAAGCUGGGGGUGGUCAGAUAGAAAAUGUAUCCAACAAAACAAGUAGUGGACACAUGAAGCAUCCACCAGGUGGUCAGCAAGAGAAAGCAGCCUCUAAUGUUGGUGUAUUCCAACAAAGAGAAGGACAGCACCUGAAGCAACCCCAUCAAACAUAUCUGCCACACAGUCUACAACAUUUAUUAGACACCAACCCCCAGGCUAUGACACUGUAUGGUGGUAGAAUGACAGCACAGAGAUUGAAAGAAGUGGGAUCAAUCACCACUGAAGCUAUUGAAAAAUUGCACAAACAGUUGGACACCUCCCCAACUGACAGCACAGAACUAGAUGACCCUGCAGGUUUGACAGUGACGUUAAUGCCACAUCAGCGACAAGCUCUGGCCUGGCUGACCUGGCGAGAACAGCAACAUCCACCUGGUGGAAUUUUAGCUGAUGACAUGGGACUGGGCAAGACACUGACCACCAUAGCUCUGGUCCUGAAACAAAAACUAGACACACCAGACACAGUACAGGAGGGCUGGCUCAAUUGGAAAAAGGAAGUUGAAAAAUUGAACAAAGCUAUGAAGAAGAGCCGGGCUACCCUAAUCAUUGCUCCAGCAUCUCUGGUACACCAGUGGGCCUCAGAGAUUGACAGGAGGUGUCGACCGGGGGCCUUAAAGUAUAUUGUGUAUCACGGACCUAACAGAGAGAAACAUAUACACAAGUUGAUAGAUAAUGAUGUAGUGUUAACCACAUACACCAUCAUUGCUAAGGAGUUGGGAACUGACAAAGACACUAAUGCUGAAACUCCUAUUGAAGAUUCUGAAGAGUGUUCAGCUGAUCUUCCCAUGCUGCUGAAAGUAGGCUGGAAAAGAAUAGUGCUGGAUGAAGCUCACAACAUCAAGAACCACAAGUCAGCUACUUCUAUUGCUGUCUGCAAACUCAGAGCUGUCUGUAGGUGGGCGCUCACUGGAACUCCCAUUCAGAAUGACCUUCUGGACAUGUAUGCACUGCUCAGAUUUUUAAGAUUCAGCCCAUUUGAUGAAUACAAAGUUUGGAAAAGGCAUGUGGACUCUGGAAAAGGAGAGACAAAGCGGAUCAACACAAUAGUCAAAGCCCUGCUGUUGAGGCGCACCAAGGAUCAGAUCAGCAAAGAUGGCAAGCCACUUGUGUCCCUUCCCAAGCGAUCUAGUCAGACAAUCCUAGUCAACCUCUCCACACAAGAACGAACAAUUUAUGACAAGCUGUUUCGCAAAUCACAGUCAACUGUCCGAGCUUAUGUGCAGCGACAUCAAGACAAAGAUCUUGACCAAGAGAAAUGGAGGACUCAAAACAGAGCUGGUGUCAGUAAUUCAAGAGAUGGCCCUAGUGACUCUAGAGAUGACACCAGUGAUUCCAGAUCUAGCAUUCUGCUGCCAACCCCAGGCAAAGCUUCAGGCAGCCAAAUUCUUGUCUUGUUGUUGAGGCUGCGCCAGAGCUGUUCACACCUCAGUCUUUUAAAAUCUCAUUUGGAGAGUGAAAAUUUAGAGUCAGAUGGUAUAGAGCUGACAUUGGAAGAACAACUGCAGGGCAUGGAACUGAAUGACUUGGUGGCAGACACAACUGUGAAAGAUUCACCGCAAGUCACUGAACUCUUCCAGUCUUCUUUAGUCAGCUCCAAGCUACACUCAGUGCUGGAGAAGUUAAAGGCCAUACACUGUAGUGAAACUUCCAAACAUUCACUGGAAAAAAGUGUCAUUGUGUCGCAGUGGACUCAAAUGCUGGACAUAGUUGGCCAGCAUUUAGACAAGUGUGGCAUCACCCACAACAUUAUCCAGGGGAAUAUUGCUCCUAAAAAAAGAAUGGAUAUUGUGGAUGAUUUUAAUUUAAACCCUAAAGGCGCUCAGGUCCUUCUACUCUCCUUAAAGGCUGGAGGAGUUGGUUUGAAUCUAGUGGGGGGAAACCAUUUAUUUGUGCUAGACAACCAUUGGAACCCAGCCCUUGAAGAGCAAGCCUGUGAUAGAAUUUACAGAAUGGGUCAAAAAAGGGAUGUUUACAUCUACAGAUUUCUGUGUAAAGAUACAAUAGAAGAAAAAAUAGUAGCACUUCAAGAGAGGAAGUUAUCUUUAGCAAAAUCUGUUCUUUCUGGUGCUGGGGCCAAAAAUCAGAAACUCACACUCAAUGAUUUACGCAGCCUGUUUGGUGUCUAGUAGCUGUUUCAGUGGAUCACAUGAUAUUUGUUAUAAGGUUACAGUGAUAAUGUAUUUAUUCUCUUAAACUAGUAGUUUUUUUUUAUAGAUACACACUACAUGUAUGUGAACUUGGUGAACUAAUGUAGCCUUUGCAUUUAAUAAACCCGGUACUUUUUGUUUUCCUUUAUAUUCAUGUAUAUUAAUUUUAGACAUCUAUUCUUUUAUCAUUAUAUUAUGCCCUCCAUGGUUUUGUAAUAAUUGCCAAAUUAUUUAGUUAUACUGUAAACUAAAAUAAGAGUGUGAAAGGGCCUGCAUUUAAUUAACUACAAGUGUUAAUAUUAAUAUUGUACUUGUAUACUGCUCUUCUCAUGCAGUUCUCCCUUUUUAAAAAUCUGUCUUUAAUGAAU